GGAAAUGGGAAGCCGGCAAUUGGUCGCCAUGCAUACUGGACAAAGAGCGCUUCAUGGACUCGGAGGGAUUAUGCAGAGGAUACCGGCUGAGGUUCGUCAUCUGCAGGGUCCACGGCAGCAUAUCAUACACAGACUCAGAGUGCAGCACACCACCACCAGCCAGGGCCAUCCACUGCAAGACUCCCUGUCCCCAGAACUGCAUUGUGGGCCCCUGGAGUAGAUGGUCAACAUGUUCUUGCCAAGACUCCUCCAGUCACCGCACGCGGACCGUUCUCGUAGCGCCGUCCCAAGGGGGUGAAGGUUGCCCUGCUCUCAUCCAAUCCCGUCCGUGUCCCGGCGAAUGCCUGAACAUCUCUUCCUCCUCUCUCCUUCGCGAGGAAGCCUUAUUGGAUUCUUCUUCUUCUCCUAAUGUGAAACUGAGAGUAGGGAAGUGGGGGCCGUGCCAAGGCCUUAGGGGCGAUGGAGUGACGCCCGAGAAGAGACAGGGGAGACGGCUGGAGGGUCACAGAGGACCUGGAGUCGUAGGGGAAAGACUGGGCAAAAGGACCAGGGCAGAAUUACCAGAACCCUGGGAUAAAGAAAGAGAGUUUGCUUCAUUUCCAAAGCGGGGUCUUCUGGGCCUCUCCCUGAAAAGAGACUGGGGUAGGAGUUACAACUCAAUUCUGGGACCUCGGCACAAAGACUUUGACGAGUCGUCGAACCUCAUUCAGGGUCACUACGAUGAAGACGUGCCCGAGGAGGUGCUCUCAGACGAAGAAGAGAAGAUCCUCAAUGUUGAUGAGGAGAUGAUUGCCCCAGAGGAAGACAACGGCACAGAGGAGGAGGAUCAUGACAAUUUGCCGGUCGUCGGACGCCAAGAGAGGAAGAUGGCUUGCAUUCACAGCAAUGGAACUCGACUUCCACUCAGGUUCUGCAUCUCAGCCAUUGAGUUCCAGGCCAUGAGGUACCGGACCUGUAUUGUGGACCGGGACUGUCUUGUCACUCAGUGGUCCAGUUGGGAAACUAUUGUCCCGGGAUGCAUUGCUCCAAAUGGACUGGUCGUGAGAGAAGUGAGGGAGAGGAGGAGAAGGGGCCUGGCCCUGCAGCAGGGGAACGGAGUCCCCUGCCCUCAUCUGCUCGAGAAACACACCCUGCCAGACCCGAGUCUGCAGCCCUGCGAUACCAAGUACCAAUGGGUGAGCUCAGCCUGGGGUCCGUGCAUGGCCUCCGCAGGGACGGAGGAGACGCCCAUCGAGUGCGGCGGAGGUGUCCAGACACGUCAGCUGACCUGCGUCAGGGCGGCUGAUCAGAUCCCCGUACACGACGACUUGUGUAUACACGUCGAGCCCCCACCCAGAGUGCAGAGGUGCGAAGUGGGAUGUGAAAGAGACUGUGUCGUUGGACCCUGGUCAAACUGGGGUUUGUGUACCGUUGAAGACUGCUCGGCAACCGUGUCUCCAGCCACGCCAGGCCUGAAACGCCGGCACCACAUCUUCAUCUCUCCGAGCAGGGGGGGCAAGGAGUGCCCUCCCCUGCAGGAGCAGAGCGAGUGCCCCCAGGCACAGUGCCACACCUGGGUAUUCGGCAACUGGUCCCACUGCCAGCUGGAGAACACAGACCACACCUGCGGGCCGGGAUUUCAGACAAGGAAUUAUUCCUGCUUCAACAGUUUCGGAAAGGCGCCCUCGGAGAAAUGCGACCAGGAGCUGGGUCCUGCGCCCGUCCGGCAGGAGUGUCAUGUCCCCUGCGCCUUCGACUGCGUGGUUGGCACCUGGUCACUCUGGUCACCUUGCAGCAGGUCCUGCGCCAGCCAGUACCAGGUCGGGUUCACGCAUCGGAACACAUCCAUCAUCGCCCCACCUGGACCUGGAGGAUUAUCUUGCCCAGCCCCGGACGAACUGACGCAGGUGGAGACGUGUAGGGAGGAACCCUGUGGCGGAGCUUCUUGGUCCGUGGGCCCUUGGUACAGCUGCAUACUUCCAGCGGGCUCUCAGUGCGGUCCAGGGCGGCAGAAGAGACAGCUCUUCUGCAGGAACCAGGCCAACGAGACGCUGGACGUUUCCAAAUGCCGUGGUCUGAAAAAACCGAGCCUGGAGAGAGAGUGCCAGAUCUCUUGUGGCACUGACUGCACCAUUACGUCCUGGAGCGAGUGGUCACCUUGCUUGACCCCUGACCCUUGCCCUAUAGAUGGUGUGCUGAUAUCCUCCGUGCAACGUCGGUGGAGGAGGGUCCUUGUAUCUCCCUCGGAGGGCGGCAAGCCAUGCCCGCCCUUGGAGGAAGAGAGGGAGUGCGCCCACGCCCCCGUGACUUGCACGAGACACCACUGGAAGACGGGAAAGUGGUCUUCUUGCAUGUUGGCUAUGGGCUCGGGUUGCGGGGCCGGCUACCGGGUCAGAAGUGUCGAAUGCGUCGACACCAUGGGAAGGUCCGUCGAGUCCAGCUUCUGCCUCAUGAGUGACACCCUGGUGCCAUCCAGCAGCGAAGAGUGCCAGGUAUGGUGCCAGGACAACUGUGUGACCUCGUCUUGGUCCCCCUGGGUGCCCUGCCCAGCUCAGUGUAGCCACACCUCUUACAGAAGCCGAGAGCUCUUGGACGGCAGCAGCCACAAAACGCCAGCCUGCAACAACAUCACCCUCCAGGAACACAAGCCCUGCCCCUGCCACAACUUCUACACGAUACCCACGGGUCCCUGGUCCUCCUGCCUGCUGGACGCCGUCGACGAGAAGGGGGACGUGAAUUUGGGGACCGAAGUGAACAACAACAAGGCCCUUUCCGUCACCAACGACGCCGAUAUCUGCGGCGUCGGGAAGAGAUACAGAGCUCUUCUCUGCAAGAGAGACGACGGGGUGUUGGCGCAUUCGAGAUCCUGCGGUCACACGGGAGUGGAGAUGGAGCCGUGUAUGAUCGAGUGUCCUUCGGACUGGCAAGUAGGACCUUGGGGUCCUUGGGCGCCUGCAACACAUCCUUGCGGCUCAGGACUGCAGAGUCGGAAGAGGGAGAUCUUCACUCCGAGCCUGUGAGGGCGCCCCUGUCCGGAAACCAUCCAGUUCCGAGCCUGUUCCGGUUCCUGCAAGGCGUCCUGGAUUCCAGGAGGCUGGACUCAGUGCCAGAUACUACCAGACAUGGAGUGCGGGAAGGGGAUGCAGACCAGGACUGAGGCUUCGAGGGAGAGUUACAUCUUCAACGGAGGUGGGAUCCAAACAAGGUCACGGGCAAUCCUCAAGGAGGGCACGAGGCACGAGCAGGGAGAACUCUUCACGUGCCCAGGGCAGCUGUGGGAAACACGGCCGUGCCUCGCGGGUCCCUGUCUCACGUACAAAUGGCAGGUGUACAACGGAAGCGUCGAGUGCAUUCGUAGCGACGGCACGAUAGUCACAGGAGGGUGUGAAAACGAGCCCAAGCCCUGCGUUCCCGAAUGCAAUGUGGGCGGAUCGGUGUGUUCCUCGAAGGGCGUCUGCGUCUGCAGGGCAGGACUGCGGGCGAGGUACGCGGAGACGCCCAAGUACCGGCUGCGGGCGUGCACGCCCAUCCUAAACCUGACAUCUCUUCCUCAGCCGCUCUCUGAAGCGAAGUAUUUGCCAGAAGACAUCAACUUCUGGAUGUUCGCCAUGAUUGGCGUAGGAAGCGCUUUCUUGGUAUUUGUUGUCAUGUCCAUGUAUUUGCUGUGCCAAAGCCCGAGAGAACCAGAGAUCACUCCUCCUCUGACCAUCAGACGCCAGAAGACGUUACGUCAUCGCCCUGUCUGAAUCUGCUAAAAGAAAAAAAAAGAAAAAAAACAAGAGGAGGGCGUUUGCGUCGUACGCGUUGUUUGUUCGUUCUUUCGUGCGAUUGUUGAUAAUGCAAAACCAGAAGAAAAAGAAGAAGAAGAAGGUGAUAAAGAAGAAGAAG